UGGCUGUAUGGGAACCUUACAAGUCAAAAGAAACCCAAUACUGAAUUUACUUAUGCCUAUCUGGGUAGGUAAAUGAGAGCAAAUGUUUCUGGGGAAUUUCUACUAGGUACCUAGUAGUUAGCUAUUCCUGCUCUUAUUUUAGAUUUUUACUAAUCCCCUUUGGUCGUAUGAUCCUCCACUUUAAUUCCUCGUUAUGCAGCCACCCAUUCCAUCAGAACCCGAAGAUCGACCUAGUCUCACCAACAACACCAUUACAUCACUUUCAUUAUAGUGAAUAUUAUUAGAAAGGCACAAUAGCAACCCUGGAAGUUAGUCGAGUUCCGACGAUCCACUCGAAUUUUUCCUCUCAUUUCCUUCGUUCCAUUAGCACUCUUUCACAUCUCGCGCACAUUUGGACGAGGGCUACAGAAUCCAAAGAUCAUGACCGAAACAGCAGCUAGUUCACCUGUCUUUUCCCCUUUCUCUUUCCUCCCCCCGGAGCUACGCGAUCAGAUAUGGCGUGAUGCUCUACCUGGCGAAUUCGGGCCAGCCUUGUUCAUCUACAGAAAAGGAUAUUGGCGUCCUCGACACUUGACAGAAUCUGACGAGGGAUUCGACCCGUCCAACGAUGAGCACAACUUGAACUUUGAGUUUCGGUACGACUUAUUAGAUGAUGUCCAGUUCGAGCUACCGCUAGCCUUUGUCAACCGUGAGGCCCGCGACAUCGCCCUAGCAUGGGCUCGCGAGCAAGGCUUCAAGGCGCGGCCUCGUAAGGACAGCCAGUACCCUCUCUUCCAGCGCCCUUUCGAUCCAUCUCGCGACGGGCUAUUCGUCCCUUAUGAUAAAUGGGACGAGUUUCGCUGCGAGCCCGACGAUCGGCUGUGGGAACCGGAUCUCUACGGAAAGCUAGUCAGCAUUGAAACGGACCCGACAUGCAUCGCUAUACCAGAAGAACUAUUCCGCAAGGAGGAAGCCUUGAUAUCGGAGAUGCUCCGAUACUUCUAUCAUAUAGAAGUACUCCUUGUCGUCGUCGGUGAACAACCGGCUCCACUACCCGCAGAUACAACGGAGCGGUGGGAGUUCGAGAAUGUGCCAGAAGGGACGUUCCUCUGGGAUAGUGAAAAUGGGUGGAUUGGAAUUGAGGAUGACAUACAUCUCAAGGAAAAGAAGAGGAACCCGUAUAAGUUAACGGAUGCAAUCAUGCAUGAACUAGACAUCACACUUCCCCAGAAUGACAUCACCAAGUUUGAGAUACGCCAUGUGGUUGCGAUUAGAAGGUAGACGGAACUUGUUAAGUUGGA